CCGAAGAAGAGGUGUUUGAUAAAACAGAACUAUCUAAAUUUCACCAAGUUUAUAUCGGAUCUCCUCGGAGCGUGCAUUUGUAACUUCAAUGUAUACCAACUACUUUAAAUUCACACUAAUUUUGGCGAGUUUUUUGUUUGUUACGGGAUUUAUUUCCCUGGUGGUUUUGUCUACAACGCAAGUGAUGCCCGCUCGAAGAGGGCUGAGCUACGAAAAAGUAACUUGUCGAAUUACACGUAGGGAAAUAUUUUGUGAAAGAGGAAACUGUAGUGAAUGUAUCCCUGGUGGAACCAGUACUUCCUUGUGUCUCAAAGUGUACGUGCUAUGUGGUAAUCACGACGAAAUUAUAAACAAAAACCUUUCAAGCUACAAGGAAAGCGGAUAUCUGCUUCGUAAAGAUGUGUACCACUUGAACGACCAGUGCACUCGUAAGCUAGAUUCAAUCUGCAGCUCGGACUUAGCUCCCACCCCAAAUGGACUGCACAAUUUUCAAGUUGGAAAGGGGAAGACUGGGCCUACCUACCAGUACUAUCGCAACCCGAAUGUCCCGAAUGAGGUUGUGUACGAAAAUCACAGCAAAGAACAUUACAGAAAGGUCGUGCUACACAGCGUGUUGUGGCCGACCGCUUUGAUAGGACUUUCCAUUUUAAUUGUCACUGCAGCCAUGUGCCUUAGCCCAACGUCGAGAGAUUACAGAAGAAUACCAUAAACUGUUAAACGAGUGGAAACUAAUAAUUGAGGGUUGAGUUGGGUCCUGCUAUGGUUUAAAUUCCUUGCGGGGUAAAUGGACACCACGGGAAAAAAGCGCUGGCUCAAGUCACAAGAUACCAACCAAGUUCAGUGAGAACUUAAACAAGUUCAUAAUUGCUAGCAAGAAGGCUUGAGGUUUAUCAGCGGGAGGGCAGCAAGUACCGCUCGAAAUAAGGUCGUACACGAUUAAGUACAAUAGUUUAGCUAAUGUACAAAUAGUAAGAUUGUUAACCAUUUACAAAACAUGGCUAGAGAGUACGGACGCAGUCUUUGUAUCGUUAUAUAGUAAAAGAAAUAACCCUUUCACUUCGUUAAGUUAAUGAUAACAGCUUGAGGUAUUUUUUUUGUCGUGGUUUGAAACCGGAAAAUCAA